UAACAUAGCUACAAUUCUGAGACGAAGGAUUAUAACAUAAAUACAAGCUUUUUCUUUUGUUUUUUUUCCCCUAAGGUUUGUUUGUGAAUUAAAUUUAUUUGGUCAAACUCUAAUGUAAUAAUCUCUAACUAGGCCAAAAAUGAAAUAAACAGAAAGAAGCUCUCGUUUGCCACAUCAUACUUAGUAGGUCCCUCGGCCACCGUAUCAGUAUAACUCGGCCGGCACCACUCCUGCGAUUGUUUCCUCCGGCGGCGAGAAAGAAACGACAAAGUUAUGGCAGAAAUUGAGGAAGAAUCCCCCACAACGAAAACCGACGAGACAACUCCGUUAUUGUCCUCCGACUCAAAUCCUGCUCCGGAAACUGCUCGGACGGAGCAUAUGAAGGUGCCGGAGGUGGAGGUCCAUCUUUACAAGCUGGGUAAGGGUCCGAUCGACGUGUUCAAAGUCAAGCUCGGCGGUUAUGAACAAGACCAAUUGGAGGUCCGCGAUAUUCUGGAGAAAUACGGGUUCAAAUCCCUCUAUGCCUUUACUCCCGGGUCGGGCCGUGGCGUUCCAAUUCGCUUCCGGAAUGGCCGAUCUCUGCUUUCUUACAAGGAUGGUGCCGUUCUUCACCUCGACGGACAACCAAAGGAUUCUUUGAUCAAACCUGUGACUAAGAUAGUGUCUGGAGUUGCAUUUUUGACCAUCUUGAUACUUUUUGCGAUUAAGGAAGCGCCACCAGGGUGGGCAAGCAAGUUGAACAUGUCCGGUGGUACCAUUCCACCAUGGUUUCUUGCUUGUGUGGUUAUUGUCUUCACUCGCCUGAGUAAGAGAACCAAAAAAUUCUUCGAAAAGCGCCGGAUGCAAAAUGGCUGAUGUUCCACAAAGUCAAGGAUGCCUUUCAGAGAUACUUGAAAUCCUAAAUUAUGAUCUUUCACAAUUUUUGGAAGAAUGUAACACCUUACUGAUUACCUGCCAUCAAGUAUUGUUCUUCUAGUAGAUAUUGUGUCAUUGCAAAAUAUUUGAAUACGACUAAAUUUUUGGACCUUGAGAAAUCUUAAGGUUUUGGACUGCCUCUGAUUGACUAAGCAGUCGCCUGAAGAAUAAAGUUACCAGAGCUGUUAUUAUUCACCCGAAAAAGAAGUCCUUAUCUCAGCCUUGAAGAUUUCUUUUCAUCAUUAUAACAGCUCUGACUCAAUAGGUCGAAAUUUAACAACAAAGUACCAGGGCUAGAUAGAACUUAAAAAAAAUAAGAACAGUGAUGCGUAACAUGAGUUGAUACUACAAUUUAUUGAUGAUAAUCUAAGGAUUGACAACAUGGAAUGUGGUGGUAUUGGCGAUGGGAGCUACGACUUGGGGAGGAGAUCCCGAGUCGCCAGAGUCAUCGCCAUCGCUUGUAUCACAGUAGCCCAAAAGAACAUCACUCCCUUCCUGAUCAAUCCCAACAGAACCAAGCAUGGAAGGCCAACACUGAUGCUGAAUAGUCCUUAUUGCAUUGCAGCAGCCCGGACCAAGGUAUGUCUCUCCAUUGAGGAAAAACAGAACGAUUUCGGCGGUGCAAGACUGGAGCUCAAACAGUGAAUCCCAGCAAUUUGUGUUGCUUCUUCCCUCUAAUUUCAUCCUCUCAAAAAGGGUACUGGUUUUCGAUUUGGGAUUACUCUUCAGUUCCCUACACAUGAUAACUGGUAGAGAACACAAAAGAACCAGCGAAAACAAGAGCUUGGAAAAAUGAAGCUGAUCCAUUGUUGUUGUUGUUGCCAUAUUUGUUCUUGUGGAAAUGUGGAAAAAAACAAAAAAAAACAACGUUUGAUUGUUAGGACAAGGAAAAGUGGGAUUUAUAUAGGGGAGACUACUUGAGUAGAGUAAAUGAAGAGACAUGCAAUUCAUUUAGCAGAAGAUGGAAAAUGCGGAGAGUUUUUGUAACUUAAAUUACAAACAUGAAUGAUCAUUUUCUUUCUGAAAGUUUUUUUUUUCGUUAACUGAUGAAUGAUGAAUGAAU